UAAUCGGUGUCUCAUCAGCUUCCAGACAGUUUUCAUCUCAAAACAAUAAUAAUAAUAAUAUAAAUAAUAAUAAGGAAAUCCAACAAGAAAAUAUUAAAAUACACAAUAAUUAUCCAAGAUGCUGUGUCGCGAUGAAUCGGGCUGUGUUUCGGCCCUAGUCUUGGCCAGUUUGUGCCUUGGCCUUUGUCGGGGCUAUUUCACUCUAGAGGUUGGAGAUCCCUGUCCCACACCCAGCUAUCGAAGUCGUUGCCAACCUGUCGAGGAUUGCGCGACCCUGACAUCCUAUUUCCAGACCGGCCGCCUCACCGUGAAGACCCUGAUGAACUGCGGCUAUACGUAUCGCAGUGAGAAGAUCUGUUGUCCCGUUGAGGAUGCCCAUACCCAAAACAGGAUAGAUCAGAGUACUACAACGAGUACAACCACACCAAGGACUACGACAAGGACCACAACAAGGACCACAACGAGAACAACGAUUAGGAGUACCACAACCCCUAUAGCCCCCUAUACCGAUAAUUGGGCGGAUAUUUUCCAAACGGAUCGGGAUUAUGUCAGCUCCUCCGUGAUAAAGGUAUCAACGGCUCAACGAGCUUCGCGGGAUAGUGUGGUAUUCCGGGACACCUCGGAGGGUGCCGAGUGUAAGGCGCCGUUAUAUGAGGGGCAGUGCCGUGCCGUCUCCAACUGCCCCAGUGUGGAGCCGUUGCUGAAACAGCGUCGUCUGAGGGACGAGGACUUCACCACCUGCCGCGAUGGCACCCGCGAGGAGAUCAUCUGUUGUCCCCUGAACUUGCCCCUGCAGCCUCGAGUCCAGAGUGAAACACGUCUGGGCGUAUCGAGUGAGUCGCUGUCGCCUCAGUCGCCACAGGAUCCCCAGGAGGCGGAGGUGAUAGCUCGAGCGGAUGCCCUUCUACCACAGUAUCGUCAUCUGGCCGCUCUGGCGCAUCCCAAUGCUGCUUUUGAUGGCCACUGGCAUCACUGUACCGCCAUGGUGUUGACUCCUCAGCUCCUUCUUAGCUCCGCAGGAUGCGAGAGGCCAAGUCAUGCAGUAUUCGGGGUGGCUGAUAUGCGGGAUGUGGAUGCUGAUGAGGAUUAUCUCACAGACAUUGUGCGCCUGGUUCCUUUCCACAAGGACCUCUCCUUGAUACGCCUCCAGGAGCCCCUCCAUUUGGAUGGACGGAUCGCGGCCAAUGUCAGUGUGGCUCCGGUCUGCAGCCAAUACGAGCUGACCCGCCUUCAGGUCAGCGGCAGGCUAGUAGCCGUGGCCUGGGGCAAGGGUGAUGAUACCGAUUGUCCUUUGUACGAAAUACCAAUGCGCCUACGUCCCACCUGGGCCUGCGGGGAUCUGCCCAAUUACGGCGGUGUCAAGGAUCUGGGAAGCUUACAUAUCUGCGUGGAACCGGAGAACGGCGUCAAGGAUCUGGGACGUUUCUCCAACUCCAGUACUUGCUUGCCGUGUCCCGCCUCAGUGGCCAGUGUCCUUCAUCUAGUACGACCCGCUGGUACACGGUGUGUCCUUGGUAUAGCCACGCCCACGGGCGCCGAUUGUGAUGCCCGGAUUAUGUAUUUCACGAGUCUUUUGAAUAACCAAUUUCGACAAUUUGUGGAAAACGAGGAAAAGCAAUAGUCGGUAGUACAAUUUAGGCUAAAUUAGAUAAAGAAAACAUAUUUAAACGUAGUUUAAGUUUUAGUUGUAGGACUAGCAAGGUCACACUGGCAAGCUGACUUGCUUUAAAUAUGAAUGUGGUCACUCUAGUGGACAACCAACAAAAUAGUCUUUAAAGUAAAAACUCAAUUACCUCA